AUGACGGCUAUCGGCACUAGGGAGAACAUCAAAGUCGUGCUUUUGGGGGAAAGUUCGACGGGGAAAACUUGUUUAAUGAAUCGAUACUUCAAAAAUGCGUACAGUGAGUCCGAGCGCGAGACUAUAGGCGCAGCAUUCCAUUCCAAAGUUUUGCAAGUAAAAAAUGUCGAGUACCGAUUAAAUUGUUGGGACACGAGUGGCCAAGAAAGGUUUCGAUCGGUUUGCUCCCUAUAUUACCAUGACGCUAAGGCAGCGAUACUCUGCUACGACGUGCGGUCUUGGAAAAACUUUCUCAAACUCGACUACUGGGCCAACGAGUUGAUGAGGUACCAGCCGGACCGUCUAAUAUAUUUGUGCGCGACGAAGGCCGACCUGCUCGACGAGUUCGAGACGAUUCCGAAGUAUGAGGUUAUCCAGAGUUACGCCCGUGAAUGGAACGCCAAGUUUUUCGUCACUUCGGCCGGUACCGUGGCAGUCGACCAAGCCUACAGCACGGAAGUCAAGCUGAGCGACCUGUUCACGGUCAAGGCGAACUUCAAGGCUUUGCUGUACACCUGCGCGGCGGUGAGUUUCCAGCAGCUCACCGGCAUAAACGUCGUGCUCUUCUACGCCCAGACUAUAUUCAAGGACACCGGCUCCUCCCUGCCCCCGGCCAUCUCGACCAUCAUCAUCGGUGUCGUCCAGGUCGGCGCCUCGGCGGUCACGCCCGUAGUUGUCGAUCGCAUGGGCCGCCGGACUCUGCUCUUGGCCUCCGGUGUUGGCACGGCCAUCGGCACCAUGCAAAUGUCAUGCAAUGUGGCCCUUCGAGUGGGGCUUGUGAUCUAUGGAGCUUGA